UAUUUCACUAAACUUGAUUUAUUCCUUGGAGCCUAUUCCUUCUAUUUAAUUUCAUUUAAAUAAAUUAUAUAAAAAUAAUAAUUACAGAUAAUAUUGACAAGAUGAAGAGAGAGACAAGAUUCGUUAUUUCCAUUACUGUCGUAAUGCUAUGGCUAUUUUGUUAUACUAUAGCGGGUGUGGAUAAACCAGGAUGCCGUUGGAUGAUGGGGGGCUGUUCCAAGGAUGACGAUUGCUGUCCUAAAUUGGGAUGUAAAACAACUAAAUUACCGCCCUUUGCAAACCCGUAUUGUGCAUGGGAUGGCACAUUUGGAAAAAAGUAAACUAGAUAACAGACCUCCUUGUCCUGGAUCAUAUCCACAAAAUAUGCCAGAGUAAUGAUACCAAAAUAAUAAUAUUGCUUAAAAUCCUUCUGUAUAUUUGACUAUGGCUCUAUUUCUAUUUAUGUUUAUAAAAUAGAAUGUAAAAUUUCUCUGUUAUAACUUUAAAUAAAUACAUUCAAGAGUAAACGCUAUUCUCUGUCUUAUUUAUUAAUAAUUAAUUAUAUACAUGUAAUAUUGCAUAUAUAUUUAAAUAUAAAAUUAUUUUAAGAUUAUUUUAAUUAAAACAGCCAAUUAUCAGCGAAAUUAUUAAAGGUACAAAAAAAAUGUUUCAGAUAAAGAAUAAAAAAAU